AUUGAUGAGAUGCCAGAAGCUGCAGUGAAAUCCUCCUCCAAUAAGUACCAAGUCUUCUUCUUCGGGACCCACGAAACGGCAUUCCUGGGGCCCAAAGACCUUUUCCCCUACGAGGAGUGCAAGGAGAAGUUUGGGAAACCCAACAAGCGGAAAGGGUUCAGCGAAGGUUUGUGGGAGAUCGAGAACAACCCCACGGUCAAAGCCUCCGGCUACCAGCCCACCCAGAAGAAGAGCUGCCCCGAGGCGGCCGAGCGGGAGCCAGAUGGGGACGGGGAGAAGAAGGGCAAUGCCGAGGGCAGCAGCGACGAGGAGGGGAAGCUGGUGAUCGACGAGCAGUCCAAGGACAAGAACGAGAAAGGCGGGAUCAAGAGGAAAGCGGAAGAUGCUUUGGAGGACUCCCCCAAACGCCCCAAGGAUGCGGAGGGGCAGGAAGGGGAGAAGAAGGUGGACAACGAAGAGGCCCCCAAGGAGGAGCCCAAAGCCAACCCGGGCGAAGGGGAGAAGAACAGCGACGCCGCCGACGCGCCUGACGCCAACGAAGCCAAGCAGGAGGGCAAGGAGGAGGUCAGAGACCACAAGGAGAGCCUGUAGCAGCGUCCCCAGAGAGCUGAUCCUACCCCGCUGGCUCCCCGGGUGCUGCCCCCGCCGCGUCGCCCUCGCCGGGCUCGUCGCGUCUGGAGCUCCUGGACGGCAGAAACUGACCCCGAAAAUGAAAUUUCAAAAGGAAAAAAAAAUUAAAAAAACAAAAGAAAACACAUGAAAAAAAAAUAUGAGAGAGAGAGAGAGAGAGAGGAAUGCAGAGCAGCCCGGUACCGACCCCGAGCGCCCGCCCUGCCGUGAGUGCAACGCUUUGUAUUAGUGAUUCCUCGGGGCUGAGCAGUUGAUUUGAAAUAAAAGCGAUUCUUGCCUUUUUAAA